UUUGCAUUUUAGUGUAAUGUGAACAGAAAUUUGCUCGAUAUUAGUACAAUGAGUACUACUAUUUCCUCUGUAUUUCUUUUUUCUUGUUACUAUUUAUAUAUUUAGUGCAAUAGUGACAUUUUCUAUGGAUUAAUAUCAAUAUUGAUCAUGUGGAUCAAUAAACAAUCAUUUGGACCAAGAAUUUAUAGGUUAGGAUAUCCAAUUUUUUGAGGCAAACAAAAAUUAAAAUAAAAGUUUGAUUGAAUAAAAAAUAAGUAUUUUGGAAAAAAAAUUAUUACUCUAAAGAAAUAAUAGUGAAAAUGGCAAAAGUUUGGAGUUAUUUUUUGUUUCUACUGUGGAUAUCUUAUCUCAUGACUAUUGCUUUACUACUAUUCACUGAAGGUUUUUUACUUAACAAAGUUGCACGAACUGAAAAAGGUGAAUGUAUUCCGUGUAGAGAUUCAGUUUAUUGUACGAAAGAAAGUAUUUUUCAAGAUCAACAAACAUCAGCCUCAUUAUGCAUGGAGCCGAGAGCAAAAAUAGUACUCUUAGUUGUUGACGCAUUGAAAUACGAUUUUGUAAAAUGGAACAAACGUGAUACGUCUCCUUCUUAUUAUAAAAAUAAAAUGCCAAUUGUCAAUGAAUUAUUGAUGAAAUAUCCGCAACACACACGUUUAUAUAAAUUUGUCGCCGAUCCACCGACAACAACAAUGCAACGUUUAAAGAGUAUCACGACAGGAACACUGCCAACAUUCGUUGAUAUUGGCUCAAAUUUUAAUGCCGAGAAUAUAAAUGAGGACAAUCUUGUUGAACAGAAUUCUCAUAAUGGAGUUGUUUUUAUGGGCGAUGACACUUGGAUUAAAUUGUUUCCUGGUAAAUUCUUACGUCAAUAUCCAGCGCCUUCGUUUAAUGUUUGGGACUUGGACACUGUCGAUCAGGAAGUUGAAAAGCGUAUGUUUCCCGAAUUAAAGGAAAAAGAUUGGAAAUUACUUGUGGCACAUACAUUGGGAAUUGAUCAUUGUGGACAUAAACAUGGACCUAAUCAUUCGGAAAUGACGAGAAAAUUAAAUGAGACGAAUGAUCUUAUAAAAAGAAUUGUUGAAAAUUUAGAAGAAGAUUCGAUUCUGAUGGUUAUUGGAGAUCACGGAAUGACCGAAACUGGCGAUCAUGGUGGUUCAAGUUCAAGUGAAAUUGACGCCGCAAUGUUUGUUUAUUCGAAAAUCCCUCUAAUCGAUCGUUUUCUUGGUAGUAGUUCGGCAAUUGUAAAUCAAAUCGAUCUUGUACCAACAUUAGCAGCUAUUUUAGGAACUCCCGUUCCAUUCUCAAAUUUAGGAACCGUCAUUCUCGAUUCAUUACCAAAAUAUUCGAAUAAUUCAAGUUUCGAUCAUUUGGAAUACGCUGUACAUUCUCUAUGGAGAAAUAUUGCUCAAACAAAAAAAUACAUCGAUGUCUAUUCAUCAGACACGUAUUUAUUCUCUGACGAGAAACUCAGAGAAUUUGAUUCACAAUAUAAUCAUCUUUUAGAUUUAUUGGAAAAUAUAAAUCAAAGAGAAGAAUACGAGGCCUUUAUUGUUGAAGGUAAAGAAUAUUUACGUGUAUUACGUGAUACGUGCAUUGAAAUUUGGGUGCAAUUUGAUUCUGGUUUAAUGUCAAAGGGUCUUGUUUUAAUGUUUUGUGCACUCUUCUUUUUCUACAUGUUCGUGAAUGGUCUUCCUGAAAAUAAUUUAAAUAAAGUGAUAAAUUCAUCGUUUCUUCGUUAUACAAUAUACGCGAAUUUUGCUUUUAUUUUAAUUUUAUCCGGAUUUUUUGGUAUGAAUUUUAUUGCUGAUUUGAAGAAUUCGGCAUUCUUUGGCACUGGUAGUGUAUCAAUUGCAUUUCUUGCAAUACUCGUUGUACAAAAUUGGGAUGUUAUUUCGGCAAAAUGGUAUAAUACGAGAAAUCAAAAGGCAAAAUAUUUUGUGAGAAUUAUUCUCUUAUUAACAUUGUGCGGUGUUUUUUCAAAUAGCUAUGUGAUUAAUGAAAAUAAGGUACUUUCAUUUUUACUUUGUACACUUGUUUGUAUGAUGCUCUAUAGUGUUCGUGCUGAAUGUACAUUGGAUAAUAUGGAGAAAAAAUCGAAAUUUAUUUCGCGAACAAUGCCAAAAACUGCCUUUUGGACAAUUAUAUUGUCACUGGGUUUUGCCGGUUGUCUAGCUGUACGUUUAUCAAAUUAUUUUUGGCGAUGUCGUGACGAUAUACAAGAUGAUAGUAGUUUGUGCUCAACAUACGUGAUGGGUAAAUCGGGUUCAAUUGAUUCGAAGAAUUUCGAACGUUUUCUUCUUGUUGCCGCUCUAAUUGUUCUUGCACUUUAUAUUACUAUUGUGAGAAUUUGGAUGCGAAAUUGUGGUAAUCUUGUUGGUUUUGCGCCAAGUGUUAUUUUUGCUCAAUAUUGUCCCGGUGUUAUUGUUGUUUUUAUGGGAUGUUAUUGGGUAUUGAGAUUGCCAAAAGAUGUAAAAGUUAAAUUUGUCCUCUCGUGGCAAAUUAAUGCUCUACCGACGAUGAUUUAUUUUCUAUUGAUAUUGGGAAUUUUUAUCUAUUUUUAUCGACCAUUGACUAUUUAUGUAUUGCCAAAGAGAAAGGAAUCGAUUGAUGUUUAUGGUGGUGAAAAUGUUGUUCCAAGAUUAUUUGAAAAAAUGAAGGAUAUGAUUUAUCGUAAGAAGGCAAAUGAUAAUGAGGAUUUGCCAAUUGUUUAUGGAUUGGGAACAAUUUAUAGCGCUACGAUUAUUAUGUUUAGCAUGUUUUUCAUGUUACUUCAUGCACUUUUACUUGGAUAUGCACUCGCUCCGAGUAUUUUUGCAAUAUUUGUUACUUGCAUUUCGAUUUUGGGCAUCACUGGCAUUAAUCGUUAUCGAAACGCUAAUAAUAUUGAUGAAAUGCUUCGUGUUCCGGAUUCGGUGCUUCUUUGUUGGUUUUUAACAGCGGAAUACUUCUUUUAUGGAACCGGUCAUCAACCAUCGUUCCCAACAAUUCACUGGGAUGCGGCUUUCGUAGGAGUUGACGAUAAUAAUAAUUUAAUUCAAGCUGCUCUUGUCGGAAUAAAUACAUUCGGAUCGUACAUAAUUCUCGGAGUAAGUGUUCCACUUCUGGUAAUUGUUCCUUUCACGUUCGGUAUCAUGUUUCCGAAUGUAGCAAAACCUAAAUUUAAAUUGGAGGAUGGAACAAAAAAAGGAGAAUUGUUACUCUACGAACGUGAUUCAGCUUUUCAGUCUUCGAUAUUUACGGUUUGCGGAAAAUACAUUCUCUUUCAUGGAAUGAGGACAUUUGGUUGUAUGCUAGCGGCGACAAUCCAUUGCAGACACUUAAUGGUGUGGAGUAUUUUCGCACCAAAAUUGAUAUUCGAGGGAAUUGGAUUUUUAGUGACUCUGGGCAGUGUUCUGGCAUCUGUACUUUUAUUAAUAAGAGUCGAUUCUUGCGUGGAGCGUCUCGUAGCACAAGUUACAAAGUCAAGGUGACAGUAAAUUCUCGACAAAAAAAAAUGAAAACGGGUGACUUAUAGUUAAUAGUAUUAAUUAAUUUUUUUCAAACUUAACGAAGUGAGUCCUUAUGUCCGUUAGUGUAAAGAAGUCUGAACCAAAAGGCACAAAAUAAGCAAAAAAAAAGAAAACUAAAAAAAACCUUUCAACAUUAAGGUAUAAAAAAAAAUUUUCCUCUUUAAUAACUGGCAUUCUUAGAAUUUAAAACAAACUUACAAGUUUUUUAAAUAUUAAAUAGUGCAAUAUAAAAAAAAAUUAGCGUAUAAAUUAAAAAUUUUAAUAAUCUUUCUAUAGAGAAAAAAACCAAAACACAUUUUUCUGCUUCCUUCUAGAAUUUUUCGUGUGUCCUUUGGCUCUUACUCUCCCAACCAAAGUCUAAAGACAAGUCCUAUAGUAAUAUAUAAUUGAAAUUAUUAUAUUAUAUAAAAAUAGAAAUUUAAUUAAUAUUGAAAACUAAUUAUUAUAAUAGGAGAAUUAAUUAAUUUUUAAUUAUAUUAAGAAUCAAGUGACUUACUCAUUCGUACGAAUUUUCAUCUUAUACCAAAUACUCGUUUUACAAAAAAAAGUAUUGCAUAAGUUUUUCAAAGCGAGGUAGAAAUCCUGCAAUCACUGCCGUGUAAUUAUUUUGUACAGAGUUUGUUAGUCAAAUACAAAAAAAAAUGGAAUGAAUUUGUCUUAAUUAUAUUAUAUAUAAAUAUAUUAUAUAUAUAAAAUAUUAACAAGUUGAUUAUUUGCACACUAAAGCUACC